AUGCAUUCCCUUCUUUUCACACUCGGUCUGGCGACCGCCUUCGCCCCCUUUGCAGCAGCACACACGACCUUCACCACUCUUUUCAUUGACGGCGUCAACCAGGGCGAUGGCACCUGCAUCCGCAUGGCGAAGAAGGGCGAUGUAGCCACCUUUCCCAUCGCCGGCGGACUUGGAAGCAAGGACAUGGCCUGUGGACUGGAUGGACAAGACGCCGUGGCAUUCACCUGUCCAGCCCCCUCCGGCGCCAAGUUAACCCUCGAGUUUCGCAUGUGGGCCGACGCCGCGAAGCCCGGCGCCAUCGACGAUUCCCACGUCGGCCCCAUGGCCAUCUAUCUCAAGAAAGUCUCUGAAGACAUGAAGGCCACCCCGGCCGCAGGCGGCGGUUGGUUCAAGAUCUGGGACGAAGGCUUCGACGCGGCGGCCAAAAAAUGGGCCACCGAGAAGCUGAUCGCCGACAACGGCCUGCUCAGCAUCGACCUCCCCACCGGCCUGCCCGAGGGCUAUUACCUCGCCCGUCACGAGAUCAUCACCCUGCAGAACGUCACCAACAACGUUGUCGCCCCGCAGUUCUAUGUUGGCUGCGCGCAGCUGCACAUCGCCGGCGGUUCGGGGGGGAAUAUCCCCUCUGACAAAACCGUCGCCAUCCCCGGCCACAUCAGCGACGCGACCUCGCCCAGCCUCGACUUCAAUGUCUACCAAGAAGACCCAACCACCUACAAGGUCCCCGGCCCCAAGGUCUUCUUCCCCACCUCCGGCAGCAACACCAAGGUAACCACCACCAACGACAAGAUCGCCGGCACCGUCCCCGCCACCUGCCUCCUCAAAAACGCCAACUGGUGCGGCACCGCGGUACCCGCCUACACCGACGAAACCGGCUGCUGGGCCUCCGCACAAAACUGCUGGGACCAGCUCGACGUAUGCUAUAACACGGCUCCUCCGACAGGUAGCAGGGGGUGUAAGCUAUGGGAGGAGAAGAUGUGCACUGUGCUGCAGAACGCGUGCCAGUCGAAGCAAUUCCAGGGUCCGCCUAAGACGGAUCUGAAGGCUGAUGCGGAGGGGGUGAAUGCGCCUGUUCCGGGAAAGUUGCCUGGGGCGGUGAAUGAGGGGGUUAAGCAGGUUGGUGAAGGGGAGGGGAACAACGGGGCGGCAGCGACGGCGACGGCGAGUGCGGCUGGACCCGAGGCGACCGGCGGGUUGAAGAAGAAGUGUGGGUUGAAGAAGGCGCGGAGGGAAGAGAUUCGGAGGAGGAGGGUGGUGAUGGCCUUGCCUUGA